GAGAGAGAGAGAGAGGCGGGAAAGAGGAGCCGCCCGCCGCCCCCGUGCCAGUGGCAGCGAGGCUUUAAAAAGGUGUGAGGAGACUGAAAGAAAGAGAGAGAGGGAGAGAGAAAGACGGGGAGAAAGAGGAGCGCCAGCGGGCGGGCAGGCAGGCAGGCAGGCAGCGCGUGGCCCUCCGCGGCGCGCGCCACUUGAGCAGCGGAAGCGGCCGGAUCGGGCAAACUUCUCUCUCGCCUCAAAGUUGGGCUGCUCUGCCCCGCCUCGUCCGCGCGCCGGGCUCUGCAUGACCCUGAGGAGCCCCGAGCAUCCCGCAGAGCAUGCCGCGCCCGCGUGUCCCCGCCGCAAGAGACGGAGCAAUGGGAGCGGGGCUCCCGGGCAGCCCCAGGUGGGCGCUGAGGGGGCUGUUGCUGCUGCUGCUCGGGGCGCUGCUGGGGGCCUCGCGCGGGGCCCGGGCGGCGUCGGCGGGCUACUACCCGCGCUUCUCGCCCUUCUUCUUCCUCUGCACCCACCACGGGGAGCUGGGAGGCGACGGCGAGCAGGGAGAGGUGCUCAUCUCCCUCCACCUGGCCGGGAACCCCACCUUCUACGUGCCGGGACAAGAGUAUCACGUGACUAUUUCAACAAGCACCUUUUUUGAUGGCCUACUGGUCACAGGACUUUAUACGUCUACCAGUGUUCAAGCUUCACAGAGUAUUGCUGGCUCCAGUGCUUUUGGAUUUGGAAUAAUGGCGGAUCACCAGUUUGGAAAUCAGUUUAUGUGCAGUGUGGUUGCUUCACAUGUAAGCCAUCUACCAACUACAAAUCUCAGUUUUGUGUGGAUUGCCCCACCUGCAGGAACAGGCUGCGUGAAUUUUAUGGCUACAGCUACUCACAGAGGCCAAGUUAUAUUCAAGGAUGCCUUAGCACAGCAGUUGUGCGAGCAAGGAGCUCCAACAGAAGCUCCUUUGCACCCCCUUUUAGCUGAGAUGCACAGUGACAGCAUUAUAUUACGAGAUGAUUUUGAUUCUUAUCACCAGCAAGGACUGAAUCCUGCUAUGUGGUUUGAAUGUAGUAAUUGCGAGGUUGGAAACCAGUGUGGUGUAAUUAUGCAUGGCAGUGCUGUCACUUUCUGUGAGCCAUACGGGCCAAGAGAAUUGACCACUAAUGGCCUUAACACAACCACAGCUUCUGUACUCCAGUUUUCUAUUGGGUCAGGUUCAUGUCGGUUUAGUUACUCAGAUCCCAACAUACUUGUGUCCUACUCGAAGAAUAAUUCUGCAGAUUGGAUUCAGCUGGAGAGAAUUAGAGCUCCAUCCAAUGUUAGCACCAUCAUCCACAUUUUGUACCUUCCUCCAGAAGCCAAAGGAGAAAAUGUCCAGUUUCAGUGGAAGCAGGAAUAUAUGCAUGCUGGUGAAGUGUAUGAAGCUUGCUGGGCAUUGGACAACAUUCUUAUCAUAAAUGCAGCUCAUAGACAAAUUGUUUUAGAAGAUAAUCUUGAUCCUGUGGACACCGGCAACUGGCUGUUUUUUCCUGGAGCCACCGUUAAGCAUAGCUGUCAGUCAGACGGGAAUGCAAUUUACUUCCAUGGAACUGAAGGAAGUGAGUUGAAUUUUGCCACAACACGAGAUGUGGACCUUUCUACUGAAGAUGUCCAGGAGCAGUGGGCUGAAGAAUUUGAAAGCCAGCCCAAAGGGAUCACUGCCUCACUCAAUGCACAGGAUGGACGAUGUUCAGAUAAUGGGUGGGACCUCUUUGGGGCCGUCAUUGGCACAGAGUGUGGAACCCUGGAAUCAGGUUCAUCCGCUGUGUUUCUCAGAGAUGGAGAGAGGAAGCUAUGUACUCCAUAUAUGGAUACUACUGGCUAUGGAAAUCUAAGAUUUUAUUUCACUAUGGGUGGGAGUUGUGAUGCUGGUGAAGCCCAUGAAAAUGAUGUUAUAUUGUAUGCAAAGAUUGAAGGAAGAAAGGAUCAUCUAAUACUGGAUACAAUGACCUACACUUCUUACAGAGUUCCAUCUUUGGUUUCAGUUAUCAUCAGUCCAGAAUUACAGACUCCAGCAACCAAGUUCUGUCUCAAGCAGAAGAAUCAUCAAGGGAAGAACAAAAAUGUCUGGGCAGUUGACUACUUCCAUGUCCUGCCUGUGCUCCCUUCCCCUGUAACUCACAUGAUCCAGUUUUCGCUUAACCUCGGUUGUGGAACCCACCAACCAGGCAACAGUGUCAGCUUGGAGUUUUCCACAAACCAUGGUCGUACUUGGUCAUUACUUCACUCAGAAUGUCUGCCAGAGAUCUGUGCUGGGUCCCACCUUCCUCAUAGUACAAUCUACGCAUCUGAAAACUACAGUGGGUGGAACCGAAUAACUAUUCCCCUUCCAAAUGCAGCAUUAACCAGUGAUACCAGGAUUCGAUGGAGACAAAUGGGACCGAUCCUUGGAAACAUGUGGGCAAUUGACAAUAUUUACAUUGGGCCGUCUUGUCUCAAAUUUUGUUCGGGGCGAGGACAAUGCACUAGAAAAGGUUGCAAAUGUGAUCCUGGCUACUCAGGACCUGCAUGUGAAAUGGCUUCUCAGACCUUUCCUAUGUUUAUCUCUGAGAGUUUUGGCAAUUCUAGGCUCUCUUCCUAUCAUAAUUUUUACUCUAUCCGUGGUGCUGAAGUCAGCUUUGGCUGUGGAGUUCUAGCCAGUGGCAAAGCCUUGGUUUUUAACAAAGAAGGAAGGCGUCAACUUAUCACUUCUUUUUUGGAUAGCUCACAGUCCAGAUUCCUCCAGUUCACGUUACGUCUUGGAAGCAAAUCCGUCUUGAGCGCUUGUAAAGCACCCAACCAACCCGGAGAAGGCGUCUUACUACACUAUUCAUAUGACAAUGGGAUUACAUGGAAGCUGCUCGAACAUUAUUCCUACCUUAGUUAUCAUGAACCAAGGAUAAUUUCAGUAGAACUACCAGAGGAUGCAAGACAGUUUGGCAUUCAGUUUCGAUGGUGGCAACCAUAUCAUUCUUCUCAAGGCGAAGACGUGUGGGCUAUUGAUGAAAUCAUCAUGACGUCUGUGCUUUUCAAUAGCAUUAGCCUAGACUUCACAAACUUGGUGGAAGUAACACAAUCUCUUGGAUUCUACUUGGGAAAUGUUCAACCAUACUGUGGCCAUGACUGGACACUUUGUUUUACUGGGGAUUCUAAGCAAGCUUCAAGUAUGCGCUAUGUGGAAACACAAUCUAUGCAAAUAGGAGCAUCAUACAUGAUACAGUUCAACUUGGUGAUGGGCUGUGGACAGCAGUAUACUCCUCACAUGGACAACCAGGUGAAAUUGGAAUAUUCCACUAACCAUGGUCUUACUUGGCAUCUAGUACAAGAGGAAUGCCUUCCAAGUAUGCCUAGCUGCCAGGAGUUUACACCAGCAAGUAUCUACCACUCCACUGAAUAUACAAAAUGGAGGAGGAUCACGGUUCUUUUACCUCAGAAAACAUGGUCCAGUGCUACACGCUUCCGUUGGAGCCAAUGCUACUACACCAUACAGGAUGAGUGGGCUUUAGACAAUAUCUACAUUGGACAACAAUGCCCAAAUAUGUGUAAUGGGCAUGGCUGGUGUGACCAUGGUGUUUGCAGAUGUGAUUCUGGAUAUCGAGGGAAUGAAUGUCAUCCUGAAAAUAACCUCCCUUCAACAAUCAUAUCUGAUUUUGAGAAUCCAAACAGUUUGGAAACAGAGUGGCAGGAAGUGAUUGGUGGAGAGAUUGUAAAACCAGAAGAAGGCUGUGGGGUUAUCUCAUCUGGAUCCUCCCUCUAUUUCAACAAGGCCGGAAAGAGGCAACUGGUAAGCCUGGAUUUAGACACAACGUGGGUAGAUUUUGUUCAGUUUUACAUGCAGAUCGGUGGAGAGAGUCCUUCCUGCAACAAGCCAGAUAGCAGAGAAGAAGGUGUGCUGUUACAAUACAGUAACAAUGGAGGUAUCAAUUGGCAUCUACUGGCAGAAAUGUAUUUCUCUGACUUCAGCAAAUCCAGAUUUGUCUACCUUGAGCUUCCUGCUGCUGCAAAGACUCUAUGCACUAGAUUCCGGUGGUGGCAGCCAGUGUUUUCAGGGGAAGGAUAUGACCAGUGGGCUAUUGAUGACAUCAUUAUUCUGUCUGAAAAACUGAAACAGAUCAUCCCAGUUGUUAACCCCACUUUACCACAGAACUUUUAUGAGAAGCCAGCAUUUGAUUAUCCGAUGAAUCAGCUCAGUGUCUGGCUGAUGUUGGCUAAUGAAGGGAUGCCCAAAAAUGAAACCUACUGUUCUGCCACUCCAUCAGCAAUGAUAUUUGGGAGAUCAGAUGGCGAUCGCUUUGCAGUGACACGGGACUUAACACUGAAACCAGGAUAUGUUCUUCAAUUCAAGUUAAACAUAGGCUGUACAGACCAGUUCACUGGUUCUGCUCCUGUGCUCCUUCAGUAUUCCCAUGAUGCUGGCCUGUUCUGGUCAUUGGUGAAGGAGGGCUGCUACCCAGCAUCCCCUGGGGUCAAAGGAUGUGAAGGAAGCUCCCGAGAACUGACUGAGCCAACUAUGUAUUACACAGGAGACUUUGAGGACUGGACAAGAAUUACUAUUGUCAUCCCAAGAUCUCUCGCAGCCAGUAAGACCAGGUUCCGCUGGAUCCAAGAAAGCAAUUCACAGAAGAGUGUGCCUCCUUUUGGUUUGGAUGGGGUGUACAUCUCAGAGCCAUGUACCAAUUAUUGCAAUGGCCAUGGAGACUGUAUUUCUGGGGUCUGUUUUUGUGACUUGGGCUAUACAGCCUCACAUGGGACCUGUGUGUCCAAUGUACCGAACCACAGUGAGAUGUUUGACCGGUUUGAGAGAAAGCUGAGCCCUCUUUGGUACAAGAUAACUGGAGGACAGGUUGGAAAUGGCUGUGGAAUACUUAGUGAUGGAAAAUCCCUUUACUUCAAUGGACCUGGUAAAAGGGAAGCAAGAACUUAUCCUCUGGAUACCACAAACAUCAGAUUGGUUCAGUUUUAUGUACAGAUUGGAAGCAAAACCAUUGGUAUAGGCUGCAACAAACCGAAAGCCAGGAAUGAAGGUCUUGUUGUUCAAUAUUCAAAUGACAAUGGAAUAAGUUGGCAUCUGCUACGUGAACUGGACUUCAUGUCUUUCUUAGAACCACAGAUAGUGUCAAUAGAACUGCCUCGUGAGGCCAAAACACCAGCCACUGCCUUCCGAUGGUGGCAACCUCAACAUGGAAAGCAUUCAGCACAAUGGGCUUUAGAUGAUGUCCUUGUAGGAAUGAAUGACAGUUCUCAAACUGGUUUUCAGGAUAAAUUUGAUGGCUCUGUGGAUUUACAAGCAAGUUGGUACAGGAUCCAAGGAGGUCAAGUAGACAUUGAUUGUCUGUCUAUGGACACAGCUCUUGUAUUCAGUGAAAAUAUAGGAAAACCCCGUUAUGCUGAGACUUGGGAUUUCCAUGUGUCUGACUCCACCUUCAUGCAGUUUGAGCUGAAUAUGGGCUGCAGCAAGCCACUCAGUGAUUCCCAUGGGGUUCAUUUCCAGUAUUCCAUAAACAAUGGGAGAGAUUGGCAUUUGGUAACUGAGGAAUGUGUUCCUCCCAGAAUCGGCUGCCAAUAUUAUACUGAAAGUUCAGUUUAUACUUCAGAAAGAUUCCAGAACUGGAGGAGAAUUAUACUCUACCUUCCACCUGCAACAAUGUCUCCCAGAACACGCUUCAGGUGGAUCCAAUAUGAAUAUGCUCCUGGUGGGGAUACAUGGGCUAUUGAUAAUGUCAUCUUAGCUACUGGAUGCCCUUGGAUGUGCUCAGGCCAUGGAAUCUGUGAUGCGGGCCGUUGUGUGUGUGACAGAGGUUUUGGAGGCCCCUAUUGUGUUCCUGCUGCUCCACUCCCUUCUGUCCUGAAAGAUGACUUCAAUGGUAACCUACAUCCUGAUCUUUGGCCUGAGGUGUACGGAGCCGAGAGAGGAAACCUAAAUGGUGACACUAUCAAAUCUGGAACAACUCUCAUCUUUAAAGGGGAAGGACUGAGAAUGCUUGUUUCAAGAGAUUUGGAUUGUACUCAUACAAUGUAUAUCCAGUUUUCUUUUAAAUUUUUAGCCAAAGGUAUUCCAGAGAGAUCACAUUCUGUUCUGCUUCAGUAUUCUAUUAAUGGGGGUAUUACUUGGCACCUGAUAGAUGAAUUCUACUUCACUCAAACGACAGACGUUCUCUUCAUUAAUAUCCCAUUGCCAUACACAGCACAAACUAAUGCGACACGAUUCAGGCUCUGGCAACCAUAUAACAAUGGUAAAAAGGAAGAAAUCUGGAUUUUAGAUGAUUUUAUUAUUGCUGGAAACAACCUUAAGAAUCCUGUUAUCCUUCUUGAUACCUUUGACUUUGGUCCUAAAGAAGACAACUGGUUUUUCUAUCCUGGUGGCAACAUUGGACUUUAUUGUCCAUAUUCUUCCAAAGGAGCACCGGAGGAAGAUUCUGCUAUGGUUUUUGUUUCAAAUGAAGUUGGGGAACAUUCCAUUACAACAAGGGAUUUGAAUGUGAAUGAAAACACCAUAAUCCAAUUUGAGAUUAAUAUUGGAUGCACCACGGAUAGUUCAUCUGCUGACCCAGUGAAACUUGAAUUCUCGCGGGAUUUGGGGGCAACCUGGCACCUGCUUCUUCCUUUAUGUUAUAGUAGCAGUAGCUAUCUCAGUUCUCUCUGCUCAACUGAGCAUCAUCCAAGCAGCACGUAUCAUGCUGGAACAACCCAGGGCUGGAGAAGAGAAGUCAUACAUUUUGGAAAGCUACACCUAUGUGGAUUGGUGAGAUUCAGAUGGUACCAGGGAUUUUAUCCAACUGGUUCUCAACCUGUAACUUGGGCUAUUGACAAUGUAUAUAUAGGCCCACAGUGUGAGGAAAUGUGUAAUGGACAUGGCAGUUGUAUCAAUGGGACAAAAUGCAUCUGUGAUCCUGGCUAUUCUGGACCAACCUGUAAAAUCAGUACCAAGAAUCCUGAUUUUCUUAAGGAUGAUUUUGAAGGUCAAUUAGAAUCUGAUAGAUUUUUGCUGGUGAGUGGUGGAAAACCAUCCAGGAAAUGUGGGGUCCUGUCUGGAGGAAACAAUCUUUUCUUUAAUGAAGAAGGAUUGCGCAUGCUGAUGACACGAGAUCUGGAUCUGUCACAAGCUAGGUUUGUGCAAUUCUUCAUGAGGCUGGGGUGUGGUAAAGCAAUACCAGAUCCCAGAAGCCAACCUGUAUUACUACAGUUUUCUCUUAAUGGAGGUCUCACUUGGAACCUUCUUCAAGAAUUUCUCUUCAGCAAUUCUAGCAAUGUAGGACGAUACAUUGCCCUUGAAAUCCCCUUAAAAGCUCGCUCUGCCUCUACCCGUCUGCGCUGGUGGCAGCCAUCUGAGAAUGGACAUUUCUACAGCCCAUGGGUAAUUGAUCAGAUUCUUAUUGGUGGAAAUAUCUCUGGGAACACAGUCUUAGAAGAUGAUUUCAGUACCCUGGAUAGCAAGAAAUGGCUUCUCCAUCCUGGAGGGACAAAAAUGCCAGUGUGUGGCUCUACUGGGGAUGCCCUGGUCUUCAUUGAGAAAGCUAGCACCCGCUAUGUUGUAACCACUGACAUUGCUGUCAAUGAGGAUUCUUUCCUUCAGCUAGAUUUUGCUGCUUCUUGUUCUGUCACUGACUCCUGCUAUGCUAUUGAGCUAGAGUACUCAGUCGAUCUUGGCCAGACUUGGCACCCAGUAAUGAGAGACUGCCUUCCCACUAACGUAGAAUGCAGCAAAUAUCACCUUCAGAGGGUUCUGGUAUCAGAUACAUUCAACAAAUGGACAAGGAUUGUUUUACCACUUCCUCCUUAUUCCAGGUCCCAGGCAACUCGUUUCCGCUGGUAUCAGCCAGCUCCAUUUGACAAGCAGCAAACAUGGGCUAUAGAUAAUGUCUACAUAGGAGAUGGCUGUAUAGAUAUGUGCAGUGGCCAUGGGAAAUGCACUCAAGGGAACUGUGUGUGUGAUGAAAACUGGGGUGGGCUGUACUGUGAUGAGCCAGAGACACCUCUUCCUACCCAACUUAAAGAUAACUUCAAUCGUGCUCCUUCUGGUCAAAACUGGUUAACAGUCAAUGGUGGGAAACUGAGCACCAUCUGUGGAGCUGUGGCAUCGGGAAUGGCCCUUCAUUUCAGUGGGGGGUGCAGCCGUUUACUUGUUACAGUGGAUCUAAACCUAACGAAUGCAGAAUUUGUCCAGUUCUAUUUCAUGUAUGGAUGUCUGAUAACUCCCAACAAUCGUAACCAAGGAGUUCUCCUAGAAUACUCUGUGAAUGGUGGCAUUACCUGGACAAUCUUAAUGGAAAUAUUUUAUGACCAGUUCAGCAAGCCAGGCUUUGUGAACAUUCUCCUUCCUUCUGAUGCCAAAGAAGUAGGAACCCGUUUCCGCUGGUGGCAGCCAAAGCAUGAUGGCUUAGAUCAGAGUGACUGGGCCAUUGACAAUGUCUUGAUAUCCGGAUCAGCUGAUCAGAGGACAGUAAUGCUGGACACGUUUAGCAGUGCACCACUGCCACAACAUGAACGCACUCCUGCAGAUGCUGGGCCCAUGGGCAGGAUUGCUUUUGAUAUGUUCAUGGAAGACAGGACAACAGUGAACGAACAUUGGCUAUUCCAUGAUGACUGUUCGAUUGAAAGAUUCUGUGACUCUCCUGACGGCGUCAUGAUGUGUGGCAGCCAUGAUGGCAGGGAAGUGUAUGCUGUCACUCAUGAUCUGACUCCUACUGAAAACUGGAUUAUGCAGUUCAAGAUUUCAGUAGGCUGUAAAACCUCAGAAAAGAUUGCCCAGAACCAAGUACAUGUGCAGUUUUCUACUGACUUUGGAGUGAGUUGGAGCUACCUAAUACCACAGUGCUUACCUGCUAAUCCUAAAUGUUCUGGGAUUGUCUCCCAGCCAUCUGUCUUCUUUCCAACAAAAGGCUGGAAAAGAAUAACCUACUCGCUACCUGAAAGCCUAGUCGGAAACCCAGUACGGUUUAGAUUCUAUCAGAAGUAUUCUGAUAUGCAAUGGGCCAUAGACAAUUUCUAUCUUGGACCUGGUUGUAUAGAGAACUGCAGAGGACAUGGAGACUGUCUAAAAGAACAGUGUAUCUGUGAUCCAGGUUUCUCUGGUCCCAACUGCUACUUGACUCAGCCAUUGAAGACUUACUUGAAGGAGCGCUUUGACAAUGAAGAAAUUAGACAGGAUUUAUGGAUGUCUCUGGAAGGAGGCACUGCUUGCAUGGAGUGUGGAAUUCUUGCAGAAGACACGGCUCUGUAUUUUGGAGGCACUGCCGUGAGACAGGCUGUUACUCAAGAUUUGGAUUUACGGGGUGCAAAAUUUUUACAAUAUUGGGGAAGAAUUGGGAGUGAAAACAAUAUGACAACUUGUCACAGACCAACAUGUCGGAAGGAAGGAGUUCUGCUAGAUUAUUCAACUGAUGGAGGAAUAUCUUGGAAAUUGCUUCAUGAGAUGGAUUAUCAAAAGUACAUCUCCAUAAGGCAUGAUUACGUAUUACUCCCAGAAGAUGCACUGACCAAUACAACCCGCCUGCGUUGGUGGCAGCCAUUUGUGAUUAACAAUGGAAUUGUGGUUUCAGGCUUUGAUCGUGCUCAGUGGGCACUAGAUAAUGUUCUCAUUGGAGGAGCAGAAAUCAACCCAAGCCAGCUGGUAGAUACGUUUGAUGAUGAAGGCAUUUCGCAUGAAGAGAACUGGAGUUUCUAUCCAAAUGCAGUCAGGACUGCAGGAUUCUGCGGCAAUCCGUCAUUUCAUCUCUACUGGCCAAAUAAGAAGAAGGAUCAGACACAUAAUAUCCUGUCCUCUCGGGAACUCAUUAUACAACCAGGAUAUAUGAUACAGUUUAAAAUUGUGGUUGGCUGUGAAGCAACAUCAUGUGGAGAUCUUCAUUCUGUAAUGCUGGAAUACUCUAAGGAUGCCAGAUCAGAUUUGUGGCAGCUCAUCCAGACACAUUGUCUCCCAUCCUCUUCUAAUAGUGUUGGCUGUUCCCCAUUUCAAUUCCAUGAAGCCACCAUCUAUAACUCUGUCAACAGCUCCACUUGGAAGAGAAUAACUAUCCAGCUGCCCGAUCAUGUCUCAUCCAGUGCAACUCAAUUCCGGUGGAUUCAAAAAGGCGAUGAACCAGAAAAACAAAGCUGGGCUAUAGAUCACGUCUACAUUGGAGAAGCUUGUCCAAAACUCUGUAGUGGCCAUGGAUACUGCACUACCGGAGCCGUUUGCAUUUGUGAUGAAGGAUACCAAGGAGAUGACUGCUCUGUUUUCAGCCAUGACCUUCCCAGUUAUAUCAAAGACAAUUUUGAAUCAGCAAGAGUAACAGAAAUAAACUGGGAAACAAUUCAGGGUGGAGUUAUAGGAAAUGGGUGUGGACAGCUGGCACCAUAUGCACAUGGAGAUUCGCUGUAUUUCAAUGGAUGCCAAAUAAGACAAGCUGUAACUAAGCACCUGGAUUUGACCCGAGCAAGCAAAAUAAUGUUUGUUUUGCAAAUUGGAAGCCUUUCACAAACUGACAGUUGCAACACUAAUCUGAGUGAUCCAAACACUGUGGACAAAGCAGUCUUGCUACAGUAUAGUGUAAACAAUGGAAUCACAUGGCAAGUCAUUGCACAACAUCAACCAAAGGACUUCAUACAAGCCCAAAGAGUAUCUUACAAUGUACCACUGGAAGCACGAAUGAAAGGAGUAUUACUUCGCUGGUGGCAACCCCGCCACAAUGGCACCGGUCAUGAUCAGUGGGCUCUGGACCAUGUAGAAGUUGUUCAUUCCUGAAAUUCUAGUGUCAUGACGGGCUGGGAUUCAUCGCUACAGUGGUUGGCUGAGAGAGGUGUGCCUUCCCAAUAGAUAGGUUAAAAUGUUAUUUCAUUGAAAACGUGUAGAGUCAACCUGAUAGGAGCUGGAGCUUAGAUUACAGCCUCACAAAUUUGAUCAGCUGUUAACCUAUGAGUUUCUUGAUUCACAUUUAAAUUAGGGCUUGAAAUAUUAAUUGGAUUAAUUGCUACUAUAUUUUCCUCAUGUUGUACCAGCUUUAUUGUUCAAAUAGUAGUUCGGAUAUUACUGAAUGUCCCAUUAGUUUUGACUAAGUCUGAAGUUAAUCACAGGUAAAAUUCAUCUGAACUUGGUUAGCACCGCUUACUUAGAUUUAGAUUUCCUCCUGUUUCAUCACUGCAGCAGCCCCUAAAUCAGUGAUUUGCAGCCUGUAGGUCCCCAGAUGUUUUGGCCUUCAACUCCCAGAAAUUCUAACAGCUGGUCAACUGGCUGGGAUUUCUGGGAGUUGUAGGCCAAAACACCUUGGGACCCACAGGUUGAGAACUACUGCCCUAAAUCCUCUUAAGGUCAGCAAACCCUUUGAAAUGGCAUGAAAUGAAGCACACGAGAAGAAAUGAAGUGCUGAGAGAGUAAAUUGGAGAAAAAUCAAUGAAAAUACCUGGCAUGGACUUUAACUUGGAGAAGGUUUGGUGAAAAAACUAAGUUGAGGCAUAGGUCGCUUAACAAAGCCACCUAAAAAGAACUUUCCUUUUACAAAGUCUUUUUACGCCUACCAAGCCCUUGCCAGGUCUUUCCCUCCUGUUUAGCUAAAAGGUUUUUAUGGCAGAAUUGGGAGGAUGGUAAAGCUGGGCUGGAGACACACAAGACUUUCAUUCGUGUUUGGUAAUAGUUAGUCUAUCCCAAACAGGACAAUAGAGUUUGAGCUGGAAGAGAAUGGUGCCUGCCUUGAAAUUGUGCCUGCCUACAACAGAAAAGGAAAACAACAACUGAAGCCCUUUCUACACUGCGAUAUAAAAUCCAGAUUAUCUGCUUUGAACUUGAUUAUAUGGCAGUGUAGCCUCAUAUAAUCCAGUUCAAAAAAGAUCAUCUGGAUUAUAUGGUAGUGUAGAAGGCACUACAGAGAGCAAACAGGAGAGCAGAUAACCCUACCUCACCAAUUACACCAAACAUGUUAAACAAAGCAUAGAUCUGUAUGUUUGGUCAGCAAAGUGGAAAUCACAAGAAAAAUUAAGGCUGAUCAAAUUAAACAUUAUCUAUGGGUGCAUUUUGGAAAAAGUCUUCCAGAGAUCUUUAUAAAAUUCCAAGGUUUACCUGGCCUGGUUGGUUGAACAAGCUGAACUGCUCUCUUUUUUGUGGUGGAGGAUUAAAGAAAUAAUGCGAAAGAACACAUCAACUUUGGUAACUGAGGUAUUCCUGUACAAGGAACUGAGACUGCCUGACUUGAACCAGUCACUGUUCAUGCCAUAGUAGCCUGUACCAAAAGCUUUUGUCUUUUAGAAUAAAGCUCAGAAUCCUCAAGUCAAAAUGGCCAAUGGAAUUUGUAGUCUAAAAAGCAAGCUAUGUCUAUGCUUCACCUUAUAUCAUUCUGAAGGGUCCUCCUUAAUCCGAAGGAAGAUCAUGGGGCUGCAGUGGGUGAUAAGAGGCAGGUACUUUCUGCUCAUACUAAUCAGAAGCAAGCCAUUGACUCUAAAAUUAUGUUUUGAAAAAAUGAGUAUUACUUAGCUAACAAAAUCUACCAUCGCUAAACAAUCUCACUAAUGUAUCAAUUAAGCUACUCUCAAGCUCUUUUAAGGGAAGCAACAAAUUUACAAUCAGACCUCCCACUUUUGUCUAUUGACAGCCCUAAUUUAAAUGAAUGAAGAUGACAGCAGCAGCUCAGAUUACUAGUUAACCUUGUUCUCCUUUGCACUGAAAGGCACCUGCUUGCAUGGCAUCCAUGGCUCCCACAAUUUAUAGCCUUUUUCCAACACUAAAUUAUUAUUCAAGCUUGACUCCCCUCCCUUUUCUUUUACACACUUCGCUGGGCUCUGCCUCCAUAACAUCAAAAUUUAUGUUUGAAGCAGAAGGAGGAUGGACCUUAUUUAUGACACCCAUGGUGCACCUCAUCUAGAGUUGCACAUUCGGAAUACAUCAAUAAAAUGCUGUAUUUGGGAAGGUCUUUUUCUAUUCCAAAUAAAAAAAAUAUAAUAUGUGUGGUUUGGGUAAAUCCAAGGCCAAAGACAGGUACAUAGAAGAUGUACAUGUGUAAAAAUUAAUAGAAGGGAAGAAGAAAAAUUAGGCUUUACAUUAAAGCAGAAAGAAAAUCGUAGUUAGAAAUCUUAAUAAAUCCCAUCGGAUUUUAGCUGAUAAUGUUUAUUUUUAAAAUUUCACAAACAACUAAAAGUAAAAGAAAAAUUAGUAUAAGCUCUUAAACAAGACCCCCAUAAUGUUCCACCUAAUAAUUCCCCCCAUCCCUACCAACAUAUAAUAAAAAUACAGGAAAAGAACAAGAAAACAUUAAAAAUACAACUGACUUUUUCCUUUCAUCAAGCAAAGGCAACUAUUAAAAUAUUAUAUAUACUUCAUGUUCUACUUAAUUGCAUUUUAGCUUCUGCUAAACAGAAACUACUAUAUUUAAAAUUAAACAUAACCACAAGUAAUAUUCAUAUCAACAAUUUAUCCAUUUUGAUUCUUAUUCCAAUUCUUACCAAUUUUAAUACAUUCAUCUUUAGAUUAUUGGCUUUAUAUCUCCACAAGUUUUAUUCCUUUAAUUUAAAGAAUCAUAUAUAUUUCUUAUAUUGCCCCCCAUUUUUCCUUUUAAUCUAGCUUGAUUUUCUUCAUUGUAAGUGUUCCACCUGCUCAUUGAUGAUACUAAUACAAGCAGUUGAAACAUUUUGUCUAAAGUUAAAUUCUUGUAAUUGUUUUAUUAUUUUAUCUGAGUUUUUUUUUUACUGCAGUGACCAUCAAAGUGGCUUGCCAAAAAUAUAAGGGGCAUCAUAAAAUAUAUUAAAAUCAUUCAAUUACACAAUAAAUAUAUGGUUGUUUAUAUGUAUAUUGACUUUAGAUCUCUGUAUUGUUUCUUAUGUAGCUCAAAUGGAGAAUCAAUAGACUAUGUUUGGUAUCGAUAAACUUAGGGAGGAAAACCAAAGUAUAAAACAAAAUGUUUUUGGGGAAAACUAAAGAAAUUCCCCAAACAGCCUAAUCAGUACUGAAUGCUAACUGAUUAUUGAAAUGAUAAGACAAAAAGAAAGUCGGUUUGAAGGUUGGAAAAUGAAAUGUACUAUCUUGGAAAGGAAAAGAAGAAAAACAUAAAAAAGAGAGGAGCCAAAUGUCUCAUUGUGUGAAUAGAUCGUUUCCUGAUUCAUGCCAAGACACUAUUUUAAGUGCCCCUGGGGACAAACAUUGGAGCUGCCCAUAAAAAUUCAUAGAAAAACCUGAAAGUGUAAUAUAAUUGGGACUGGGCACAAAUCCUUACCCUUCAAACAAGAUGGCAAAGAGAAGAUUCUUCGUCUUUUUAAUCUCGUUCUUAAUUACUUUGCAAUGCAUAAAAGUAACUAAGUUUGCUAAUGCAAAUUCCAAAGCAAAUGCUGCUUAUUGUCUCCAUUAUUGUAGACUGGACAGAAAGACUACUUAAAACAGACCUGCGGGGUUUGCACGAAGACUGCUGAUCAGGCUGUUAGUGAUUCAAUAAAACCCUCAGGCCUAAAGCUGAGCUAGUAGUUUACAUCACCCUUGCGGUGUUAUUAUUAGCUUUUAUACCCACAUUGCAGGAUGGACUGAGAGACUAGUAGGUAACAAUGUUGCCUGGUAGUUUGCUGUAGUAUUUCAGUUUCAGGCUGGAGGGUGUAGAAAGAGAUCUUAUAGUAUCUUACAGUAGUCCUGGAAGGUAGUCAAUGUUGAUACUACAGGUCAGAGGUGGGGCUAGGUUUGGAUUCCCACUUGAAAAGCACUCACAUCUCUUCGGUUGAUACACAGGUCUGUGUACUGAAAUGGCCUCUCAGACUCUUCCCUAGUGAAUUAAAAUGGUGAAAAACUAAAAGAGAUGAGAGUCAACCAUGACCAUCCUGUCUUGGAUGUUGACUUGUUUUUCAGCCCUUUCAGCUCAGGCAAAGCUCACCUCUACCAACUAGAUUAGGAUGCCUGACGGACUGGACUAGGCUUAGGGUUUCCAUCCAUUGCACCAAUGUGAUACUGCUCGCCACUUUUUCUGUGGCUUGCGUCCUUUUGUCCUGAACCUAGUCAGCUGUCAUAUCCUUUUUGUUCCACUUUAAAGAAAAAAUGGAAAACGUUUGCAGGAACUAUGGAAUUUUGAGAUUGUAGUUCUAAGAACAUAAUGUCACUUAAAGAUAUAAAUAUUGUUGUUUGUACAGCUAUAAAUAGUGUAAUUAUGCUGUGGUUCAAAAUAAUUGUGGUGAGAUAUAAUCUGCCACACAAACUUUUUUGACCUGUACAAACCAUAUUAGGUAACAAAUUUAACUACUACAAAUAAUGUCUUCCAUAAGUAAUCUGUAAGAUCUUCUGUAAGUAAUGUCAGAAGUGAUAUCUUCUGUAAGUUACUACAAGUAAUGUCUUUUUACAAGUGAUCUGGCUAGGAACAAUAUAAUUCAUUCCACAUGUAGUUUUAAUUAAAUUUGACAGCUAUUUGUUGAAUUAAAUGUUAAUUAAAAGUGGAUGAACUUACCAGAAAAUUAGUUCAUUUUUUAUUCAUUGCUUUUAUUGCUAGAUUAGUUGAUUGGAAGAAUAGUAGAGGUAAAGUUUUUCCUCUGAUGUUAAGUCUAGUCAUGUCCGACUCUGGGGGUUAGAGCUUGUCUCCAUUUCUAAGCUGGAGCCGGUGUUGUCUGUAGACACCUCCAAGGUCAUGUGGCUGGCAUGACUGAAUGGAGCGCUGUUAUCUUCCCGCUGGAGCGGUACCUAUUGAUCUACACACAUUUGCAUGUUUUCGAACUGCUAGGUUGGCAGAAACUGGGGCUAACAACGAGAGCUCACUCUGCUCCAUGGAUUCAAACCGCUGACCUUUCGGUCACAAAGUUCAGCAGCUCAGCUGUUUAACCCACUGUGUCACCGGGGGCUCCUUGAUUGGAAGAAUAUAUUUAGGGAAACAUCCCAGUUUAGCUUGUUUUAAGAUGAAGACACAUUUCAUCCUUUUUACCCAAUAAUUUACUUACUCUGUAUUCCUGUGUUUACAAACAAACAAACAAACAACGCACUGCAUGCCAGUUCUUCCCUGAUCAGAGCUCCAGCUUGCCUGCUGCACUAUGCAAGUGCACACGCUUGUCUGCAUGCACACCUCAAACUUUGUGGGGCGGGAUAGAGGGAUCUCCCAAGUGUAUUAAGAAAUACUGGUUUCUGAUCAAAUUAUGUUAAUGGCAGGAGGAUGGGGCAUGAUCUCCUAUUCCUUAUGCCUUUGUUACUCCUACUAAAAUAUGAAUUGUACAUGAAAGAGAGAGGUACCUCAACAUCGUUUUUAUGUGGUAGUAACUUUUAUCAUGAAGCCUAACCUGAAACCACAACAUUAUGAAUUGGGGCUUAUAGACAUGUUAUUACUAUUUUCAUGAUCAUCACCCUCAUGCUUUUUGUGAUCAAGAUGAUUUCUUUUCUUUUCUCUUUUGCACAAAUAAGUUGUGCUUUUGCUUUUAAUGCAAAAUACUUUUUCUUUUGUAAAAUUGUUUGAUAUUAAUUAUCUUCUAGCAGUAACAAAGUGUGUUUAUUUGGAUAAUCAUCUUGCAUUGCUUCACUACAGAGCUAUUUUAUUUGUUUAGGAAGGCUUAUGCAUAUUGUAGCACAGAAAAAAAGUGUUAAAAUAUUGCUGUAUUCUAACUGCGCUGUAAUUUUUGCCCACUUUCAUUGUGAUAUAGGUUGAAUUUAACCUAGAACUACAUUUAUGCUUGUUAAAGUAUUAUAAUGAUAAAGUGAAUAUUUAAAGCUUUUUUUAAAA